AACUAUACACUGUUAAAUUGAACCUGACGUUGAAAAGAAAUAUAAUGCUUAUCUUGUUUUUGAUUUAUUUUGCUAUUAUCACUGCCAUCAAUGCAGAAAUUACAGGCAAGCAAUAUGCAAGCAUUCCAGAAUUAUUCUAUCAAGACAACUACGACAAUUGCAUGAUGCGCGAAGACGAAGCAUUCUACUGUUCCCUAACUUAUAAGCUUGAACCUGUGGAUAAAGAAUAUCCUCCAGAUGUCUGGAUAAAUAUCAAGAACAUUAGCGAUAUACAUGUAAAUUACAGACACGAUCACCUGAGACGGUGGAUUUGCGUUCCAAAAACGUGCCCGGGUAUUAAUAAAACUCAGGAGGAUGAUCCAGAACUGCAAAAGUCUUUGGAAAUGUGCUACAACAAGAAAUUCAAGAAGUUCGGCUUGAAAGGUACCGUUUCUGACAUCAAAUGCGACACGAUAGAGCCGAAGUAUCCGUUUGAUUGGGUGGAUGCUUUUGCAAUGUUUCUAGCUAUCAGCUACAUACUGUUCGUUGCUUAUGCGACAAUUUAUGAAGGCAUUGCACGAUACCAGACUCCAGAUGAGUACCGAAAACGUUUAAGUACCCCCAUGGGCAUGGUUUUAGGGGCGUGCUCGAUAACCAAAAACUGGAUCAGAUUGAAAACGAUCAAAAAUACUCCGGAAAUAGAAAAGUUGCGCUGCAUCCAGGGCAUUAGAGUUUACAAUACCAUUUUGGUGAUUUUGACUCACACUAUUUUGGGAUUUGUCGCUGCACCCGUGGCCAAUACUCGAUACACGGAAACGAUGCCUGAAAAAUACGCUCGAGUGUUUUUUGCCAGCGGUCCGCUAUGCGUGUCAACGUUUUUCUUAAUUUCGUCAUUUCUGUUGACCAAUGGUCUUUUCGAAUAUCAAAAGGACAAACGCAUGAGCUUCAAAAUGGUGUUCAUGGUGUUUGCCAACAGACUUUUUAGAUUGACUCCGACCGUUUUUACGAUAGUUCUAUUCCACGCCACUUUGCUCAGAUUUUUAGGAAGCGGACCGAACUGGUACCAUUUUAUAGGUGCAGAGUACCUAAAAUGUCGCGCCAAUGGUUGGAGUAAUUUGUUGUACAUAAACAACUGGGUGGAUACUCAUAGGAUGUGUUUGCCCAUCACAUGGUACUUGGCUUUGGACACUCAGUACUUUUUGGGACUUCUAUUUUUCAUUUGGUUUAUUAAGUCCAACGAGAAAUAUGUUUAUCAUAUCAUCGGAGCAGCUUUGAUGUGUAACAUGGUUGGCACAUUUUUCCAGAAUUAUUAUUAUGAUUUUACCGCUUUGAGUUAUCCUACAGCCGAAAUGUAUUAUGGCAUGGAUCAAUUUCUUUCCAGUAACCAGUUUCACUAUCAAUUAGGUUCAGCUAUUGGAAAUACUGCAGGACCGAUCGUGGGUACCGCUUUUGGGUAUUACUUUUUCAAGCACAAAUUCGACGAAAAACCAUUUUUUCGUACAAAGUUUCGCAUUGCAAUGUGGUGGAUCGUGACUUGGGGCGUGGCGAUUCCCUUUGUCAUAAUUCCAGGAUUCAUUAUUUUGAACGCGUCGACUGAAAAAAAUAUAUUUUGGGCCUCGGUGUACGUCGCCGUGUCCAGACCGCUUUUUGCUUUUGUCAUUGGCACUGGAAUUAUUGGAUUUACUCAAGGAGUUGGCUGGCUGUGCGUGCACGUGUGCCAAUGGCCACCGACGUACGUUCUAGGCCGUUUGACUUUUAGCGCUUAUUUGGUUCACAUGUCGAUUAUCCUGAUUCGACCGUCACUGGCUCGAUAUCCUUUGCAUCUGUCUGAUUUUCAAAUGUUAGUUGGAUUUUUGGGAGAUAUUUCAAUCGUAUACCUAAUAGCGACAUUUAUAACACUGUUUCUUGAAUUGCCGGUGAGCGAACUGCAAAAAUUUAUUUUUGGCCCAAAGGAGACGAAACAGAAAACUGAAGAGAAAGAAAAUAGCGAAAAAACCGAAUAAUCAAAGUCGCAAAUAAAACUGUAACUUAUUAUUUAAAUAAUAAAAACAAAAAAUACACAUUAGU